CUGCUCCACAGUUGUGAAUACCACGAUCCUCGUCACGAAAAUGGCUACUCACGAAAUCGAGUCGAAGAAGCGCAAGCGCAAGCAUAAGAGCAAGAAAGGCGAAGAGAAGGCCGCCGUCGGUCCCAGUAAUGGCGCGGUGGAGUCAGUGAAGCCCCGCAAGAAGUCGAAGAAGGAACACACUCCUGAGCCUGAAAUGGAGGAAACAGCAGACGUUGCGGAAGAAUUAGGAGCAGAUGAGGAGGACGAAGAAGACCUUAACAAAGAACUAAAGAAGGUAGCUGCAAAAGUGAAGGUGACUAAGGUCGAAGCCAACGAGCAAUCAAAGGAGGAGAAGGAUGAGGAGGAGCGGGAUGGCGAAGAACAGCCAGAGGGCGAGAUAAACCAUGUGAUCCCUCCUACCGACCUUCCCUCGGGAUCCUUAGUAUCCCUCCCUACCGUUGAUGAAGCACAGAAUUUUGCCGAGCUGAAUCUGAGCGACCGCACCUCGGAGGCUAUAAAGGAAAUGGGCUUCGAGACCAUGACGGAGAUCCAGCGACGGGCGAUACCUCCUCUAAUGGCGGGUAAGGAUGUCCUUGGCGCGGCAAAGACUGGUUCGGGCAAGACACUGGCUUUUUUGAUCCCAGCCAUCGAAAUGCUUUCCGAGAUGCGCUUCAAGCCUAGGAAUGGCACAGGCGUGAUCGUCGUUUCGCCAACCCGAGAGCUUGCCCUCCAAAUCUUCGGCGUUGCCCGUGAACUCCUCGAAAAACAUUCGCAGACGUUUGGCAUCGUGAUCGGAGGAGCGAAUCGGCGGGCAGAGGCAGAAAAACUUGCGAAGGGCGUGAACCUUCUUAUUGCGACACCGGGCCGCCUGCUCGACCACCUGCACAACACGCAGGGUUUUGUUUUCAAGAAUUUGAAGUCGUUGAUCAUUGAUGAAGCCGACAGGAUAUUGGAGGUUGGAUUCGAAGAUGAGAUGCGAUCCAUCAUCAAAAUACUGCCAAAGGAGCGACAGACAAUGCUUUUCUCGGCAACACAGACAACAAAGGUCGAGGAUCUUGCAAGGAUAUCAUUGCGGCCCGGUCCCUUGUAUAUCAAUGUUGAUCACCGCAAGGAACACAGCACAGUGGAGGGUCUCGAGCAAGGCUAUGUCAUAUGCGACAGCGAUAUUCGAUUCAGGCUGCUCUUUUCAUUCCUGAAGAAGCACCAAAAGAAAAAGAUUCUCGUCUUUUUUAGUUCGUGCAAUAGUGUUAAAUUUUAUGCUGAGCUACUCAACUAUAUCGACCUCCCAGUCCUCGACCUGCACGGCAAAUUGAAACAGCAAACUCGCACAAAUCGAUUUUUUGAAUUCUGUAAUGCCCAAUCUGGCACCCUCAUCUGCACAGACGUUGCUGCUAGAGGUCUUGACAUACCUGAAGUGGACUGGGUUAUUCAGUUUGACCCUCCAGACGACCCUCGAGACUACAUCCACAGGGUGGGACGGACGGCGAGAGGGGCAAAUGGAAAGGGGCGCUCGCUCAUGUUUCUCCUGCCUUCUGAGGCAGGAUUUUUGAAGCUGUUGAAGGAAGCGAGGGUGCCACUGGUUGAGUUUGAAUUGCCUGCGAAUAAGAUUUUGAAUAUUCAAAGUCAGCUUGAGACAUUGAUUGGCAAGAACUACUAUCUAAACAAGUCAGCAAAAGAUGGCUAUAGGUCCUACCUCCAAGCCUACGCCUCACAUAGCCUCCGCUCCGUCUUCGACGUGCACAAGCUCGAUCUUGUGAAAGUCUCUAAGAGCUUCGGCUUCUCCACUCCUCCACGCAUCGACAUCUCUCUGGGCGCAAGUUUGAGUCGGGACAAGAAGGUUGAGGGCAGGAGAGCCUAUGGCAGCCAGCCGAGACAGGGUAACCGGCCGUUCAAGCCGAAACGGAUAGAAGGUUGAACGGAAAUAUGAUUGUGGGUUGGACUUUCCGUGGUUGGCGUUUCGGGAAAGAGCGACCACAGGAGUAGCGGAACGUGGGCGUGGCUAGUGGGGGUUAGUGGCAUAUCAAAUGCAUCAUGAUUCAGUUCGCCAUGCAGCCGCAAUGUUUUGGGAGUGAAACCGUUGAGAGAAAUCCUCCGAUUGUUGGAGAUGGUUUGGUGGAGGUUUCGAUGGUACGCGGUCUGGAUGGCGGAGUAUCCGCGAGUGAGGAGUUUCGGCCACGACGUUUAGCGUACCACGUGAAAG